AUGUAUGGGCGCCACUUCAACGACCCAGACGCGCUGGAGAAUAUUUGGGCACACUUCGGCGAGGAGUAUAGGGCAAAAGAUAUCGUUUGGCUGAAAGAGUUCAUAACUUUCAAGGACAAGUCCAGUGCCAUUAAUCAGGAUACUGGUGUUAAUGGGGAACUUACUGUACUGGAGAAGUACUCUGGAAAUGGGCAGCAUGAUGUCAGAGGCACACAUCAUCACAGAACUAGCAUGAAACCUGAAAAACCAAUUGACUUGCUUAGGAAAGUUGAUGGCAAUAAUAUGUGUGCUGACGAUUGUGGUGCUUCAGAACCUGAUUGGGCAUCAUUAAACCUUGGCGCACUUUUAUGCAUAGAGUGUUCUGGGGUGCACAGAAAUCUUGGAGUUCAUAUAUCAAAGGUAAGAUCUCUGACACUUGAUGUCAGAGUUUGGGAGCCAUCUGUAAUCAAUCUCUUUCAGUCAUUAGGCAACAUGUUUGUCAACAAUAUUUGGGAAGAGAUGUUGCCAGAUGAUAAUUCAAGUGCUGAUGGAUCAGACACGUCACAAUACCUCUCUGUUAGCAAGCCUAAACAUAAAGAUGUAUUCUCUGCUAAGGAGAAGUUUAUUCAUGCGAAGUAUAUAGACAAAGAAUUCAUAUGGAACCAUAGCAUGGAUGAGAACCAGCUAGCUCAGCAGAUGUGGAAUAGUGUAGCUGCAAAUGACAAGAAAGCAGCAUACAGUCUCAUUGUGAGAUCACGUGCCAAUGUAAAUUUAGUUUAUGGAGAGAUGCCUUCUAGCCCAUUUUUUACUCUUGGAAAAGCACUUCAACAAGAGCAACCAACUUCACCACCUGAUGGAAGUCCUAGAUUUUUCGAUUGCAAUUCACAUGACAAGAUUUCUCCUCGAGGGCCCCUUUCCCCUGCUAGCAUGAGUUCACGCACAGAUGACAUGGAGGACAGCUGUAAAGGUUUAUCCUUGCUCCAUCUUGCAUGCCGUGUUGCAGAUGUUGGGAUGGUUGAAUUACUUUUGCAGUAUGGUGCUAGUGUAAAUAUGAAUGAUUCAAGGGGUCGGACACCCCUUCAUCACUGCAUUUUGAAAGGAAGACAUAGGCAUGCAAAGCUUCUCCUCUCCAGGUAUGCAAGACCUUGA